AAAUGCAUUUUCAUUAUGAAUUCUUAUUCAUAAUUUGAAAUGCAUGUCGAGAUGACCCUUUUUGAUACAGUGACUCUGAUGUUUUUUUUAAUAAUGAUAAAUUGUCACGAUGGUAGUUUGCUUUGGUUACCGUACAUGCAAAAUUGAUUAUAUGUCCUUUGAAGCCUUCGAAUGCAAAAUUCUAUAUUUGAGCCUUCUAAUGCAAAUUGUAGAUUACUAUAUGAUUCUUUCAUUUUGCAGGUAGUACUACACUUUGGAAUAGACAAAGCUUCAGUUGUGAUGUACUUACAACAGCUGGAUGCACUGCUGCCACUGCAAAGGUAGUUGAGAACAACCUAUGGAAACAAGUGCUAGACUCAAGCUUUACAGUCGAAAACUGUGUUCAUCAAUUACUUGAAUUUAGCGCAGAGACUGCGUUCUAUUUCAGGUCUGAUGCAUGCAGAACCUGCAACUGCUUCAGGUCUGAUACGGGAUGGUGCUUUGCAGAAUGCUACCACGGCUGGGCCUGGUGCAACGCGGACAGAUUCUGCUGCUGUUAAUUGGAAAAUGCCGACUCCGGGGCUAUUCAGAUGUAAUAUUGAUGCAUCAUUUUCGUCGAAUUUAAAUAAAUUUGGCAUUGGAAUAUGCAUCCGUGAUGAACUUGGUCAAUUUGUGCUUUCAAAGACAGAAUGGAUGGCCAUUUUUUGUGGAGUAGAUGUUGGUGAAGCUCUUGGUGAGUAUAUAUCCCUCGAUGUCCCUAAAUUGAUGGUCUGACUGCAAUUUCAAUGUGAAUGCUUAUUCUUAACUUCAAAUGUAAGUGGAGAUGACCCUUGGCGCCUUAAAUGUGGAAUUGAAUAUAUGUAUGUUCCUUGAUGUCCUUAAAUUGAAUAUAUGUCCUAGAUGUUCCUAUAAAUUAAAUAUAUAUGCAUUUUUCAUAAAUUGAGAUGAUGGUAGUGUACUAGUGUACUUUGAUAACCUUAGAUGUAACAAUCGAAUAUAUCUUUGAGAAACUUCAUAAGAUGGAAGACGUAAAUUCUCAGAAGAUUGUUUCAAGAAACAUAAUGGUGCAAUUAAGAAUGCUUGUUUGAAAUUUCUACCAUGGCUGAGCAAGUCAUUUUAAAAAUAUAAUUGUUACUUU